UUAAUUUUUGACAAAAAAAAGUUUUUUUUUUCCCAAUGGAAAACAGCUGAAGGCAGAAAUAUCUGCUCCUCGCCAUAUUAGGAAAGACUUCCGGCCACAAGGUGGCAGCAGUGAGAUGUGAAGUCAGAUGCAAACCGCAGCUAAACUAAAAGAAGAGAAGGAAGAGGAAAUGUUAGACUUGUUUUGUUUCCUUAAAGGCCAAUUUCAGUAAUAUGCCACGGCUAAUUUCCCUUAAGUUAUAUAAGAACAGAUGAGUGUUUAAUCGAUGUGGUCAUGAAUUUACCGAAGCUAAAGACUGGAGAAGAGAAUCUGGCGACGGUGGCCACAGAGCAGGGUUCUGGCUGGUGUGGGCCCUGAUCAUCAUCCUGACAGGCUUCUGUGUGUGUCAGCACCUGAGGGCCAAGCAGCGUUUCCAGCAGCAGCGCCGACAGAAUGAGAUCAAUCUCAUUGCCUACAGAGAGGCUAACAACAACUCGCAGCUGCCUCUCUAUCUCAGACUUUUGCCCAUCUACUUCCUGCCAGCCUACGAAGACGCAGACAACCGCCCAGCUACACCUCCUCCUCCCUACACCCCCCUCCAGCCAGCACCUCCGCUCUCCGACCCACCCGACGAAGCCUCUGUCUGCCUGCCGGCCGUCUCCAUCCCUGUCGAUGACGACGAGGCUCCAGAGGCCACACAAAUCCAGUCUCGCAGCGCUAACGGCCAAAAUAAAGACUUGACGCCAGGCAGGUAUCGGCGCUUCACGGGGGAUUCUGGGAUCGAAGUGUGUGACAGCCAGGAUCUGUGGGAUCAACAGGACUUUUUUGAAGAAGGAGAAAUGCUGGAAGAAGAGGGGACAAGGCAGCUAGAAGAGCAACCUGAUGACUGUGAUUCCCACUCUGUUGAACACAAUCAUGUCGGUGCCACGUUCAACACAACCGUAGCUGCAAACCCACAACCAAAGUCUCUUUGGUGAUCCAGAUUGGUACUUGUAUCCGUUUUACAGAUUAAAUAUUUGGUACUUACAAGUUUAGUUUGUUUGUACAACACUAGUCCACACGAAGUGUCUGAAGUGGAAUGAAAGUAAAUAUUUUGAUUAUUUGAAAGCUUUAAAUUAUUGUUGAGCGACUUUACUAUUGAAGCUUUACAUAUGUGUAUUCUAUUGUUAAUCAGUAUAAACUGGUCAACCAAGACUCCCACUAAAAUGUUCAGGAUGUUUAUACUUGGGAAAUUAUCGUUUACAGUGUAUCACCUGGCUAAAUAUGAUCUUACAAAAUUGGUGCCAAAAUCUGUUGUGACAAGUUUUAUGGUGCGUAUGUGCCUAAAAAUGUAUUUACAGCAAACUUAAACGGAUGAUGUGCACCUAAUCAGUAAUUUACUAUUUUUCUACUACUAUUAGGUGACAUAUGACCUUUUAUGAGCAAAGGUUUUCUAUUGCUAGUGACCAGUGUAGGCUCAACUCCUACAAUGGUUUUAAUCAGUAAUAAUUAACAAAUAAUAGUUCCUGGUGAUGGACUUGCGACCUGUCCCAGGUGUACCCCGCCCCUCGCACUGUGACUGCUGGAUGUGGGCACCAGUGACCCCCGCGACCCUAAAAGGAAUAAGCGGGUACAGAUAAUGGAUGGAUGGAUAGUUCCUGGUCACACAACGGGAUCAGUUUCUCAGUUUAAAUGAUCUAGUAUCGCACUUUUGGUUCAUUAUGUUGUUGAAGCGCUGAGUGGUUGGUGCUAAUGUCUCAUCACAGUUCGUCAGCUCUGAGAGAAAUGUUUACUAAUCGAUGAAAACACUAAUAUGUUGCAUCCUAAAUGCAGUGCCAAAAAUGAUGCCAGGAUGAACAGUUGGGGGCUAAGCUUUAUACACCCGUAGGACUGCUAAUAAAGACUAUUGCUGUCUAUAGGCAUAUUUAAAUAACAAAUUAGUUUUAAAUUAAAGUAAGAUACAUUUUGAUCAUUGAAAAGUUUUAGUGACUAAAAAAAUUUUGUGAUUUGUUUUUGUAACAAUGUUUGAAGUCGCCGUAAAGCUGAAAUAAUCUGACUUUUCAGUCCUAAACUGGGAUAAUACCAGCGAUCUUUACAGGGGUGUGCCUCACUUUUUACUGCUUAAUGACUGAGCACAGGCUCCACCCCUUUAACUCAACAGCUGAUACCCAAACAACCUUUAGUGCACUGUGAUUCUCAUCUAAUCACGUUUUGCUGUACGCAGGACUUGUGCGUCCUUGUACUUUCCCCCAAAACCAUGUGCACACAUCAGAUUUGAUUUAUUCCCUGCAGUGAUAAGGUCAACCAAAAACACGUGUGUAACUCUUUACACGUGUAUUUUAGACACAGCGUGUCUAACAGUACAGUUACGUUCUAAUGGUUGUAAAUGGGUUGUGAAGCUGAAACAAUCUAGUUUUAUGAGGGAACCAGUUGUGUCAGCUAAUAACUAUGCAACUUUAAGGUGAUCUUUAGCACUUGUUUCACUCCAUGUAUGUGUAAGAUGUUCUUUGUAACAGCUGUCUGACAAAUGAAAGUAUUUUUGCAUUGAAAAAAAAAGUAUGGAUAAAUAAAAUAAGCAGGAAAAACACUUAACAUAUGCAUGCUUGCAUGUGUUAAAUUACAUCUUCGUAACCUCCUGAGACCCAA